ACGCAUGGUUUGUGAUUGGCUGGGAACUUGGUCUAUUCAUCUCUUGUAUACGCCGAGUCAGCAACAGCGGCUUCUAAGAGGCUGUGUGUACAAUAUGGCGCACCUCAACAAGUCCCAUGAGCACCAAGACAGGUUCAUCUGUAUAUAUCCAGCUUACAUCAAUAAUAAGAAAACUAUUGCAGAAGGACGGAGGAUACCAUUGGAAAAGGCUGUACAAAAUCCCACGUGUGCAGAGAUCCAUGAUGUAUGUGACGUUUCUGGAUUAAAAGUUCUUGUAGAGAAUAAAAUGUACACUCGUGAGUGGAACCGCGAUGUGCAGUAUAGGGGCAGAGUACGUGUGCAGUUGAAGAAUGAAGAUGGCAGCCCAUGUCUGCCUCAGUUCGCCACCAGAAAAGCAGUAAUGCUUCACGCGGCAGAAAUGAUUCCGAAAUUAAAGACUAGGACGCAGAAAGCAGGCGGAGGUGACCAAAAUGUGCAACAAGGUGACGGUGGCAAGAAAAGCAAGAAGAAGAAGAAGUGAUUUGUCUUCUAACAGGACUGUCAUUUUAGAUUUACUAAAUGGUGCUAAUUACAAAGAACAGAAGCUCUCCUCCCAUUGAAUGGGCUGCAAAAUGUCUGAAUACUUGGCACCUCUUAGUAAAUAUAUCUGCUUACUCUGACCAUGUUUAAUGGGAAACAAUCUUGGAGAUAGUAAAGGGAAUUUGCUAAAUGUGAAUAUUCAGUUCUUGCAGUUAUUUUAUAAUGGUGAUGUGCAGUUAGCAAGUACAAACAAAAAUCUAUUUUAUAUAUUAUUUGGUUUACGCAAACACACAAGUACUGAAAUGUCUACACAAAGUGCUGCUAGUAAAUUAGCAGAGUUACGGCUGAACUAGUUUUCUGCCUUACUGCACAAUGAAUAACUAUAUUGCAUUUAUCAUAAAAGGUGACCACAUCCCCUUGUUUAAAUACAAUAUUAGGCAUAAAUAAUUAAAGGCCAAUUUAAUUUAAAUUUAAAAAAAGCAUGUUUGGUUUUCUGUUUUUUUUUUAAAAAUAAUGCUGAUAUGUUGUAAUGAAUGGUUUAGCAGUUCAGAUUUUUUUUUCACGUGUUAAAGUGGGGACAUUUUUAAUUAAAGCAUAUUUCUCUUGGAAGGUAGACCAGUUUUUUCCAAGUUGAGGCUAUAACAGUGGAUUAAAAAUGUAGCAGGCAUCUCAAAAAAUAAUUUCUAAAUGGUUUUACUGUAAGUAAUGGUCAAUAUGAUAUAUUAUUAAAUACUGUCAUUGCAAUAUAUACAUUUAAACACACAACGCAUAAAAUAGUUCAUAAGUCAAAAUUAUAGUAGAGUAUUUUUAAUACUGCAUCAAUUUUUGUGCAUAAUGUAUAAAUACUGCAGUGAUCAAAACCUACUUUAUAGUAAGUGCCCCAGAUUCUUACUUUGAAAACUUUUUGUUUUUCAUCAUGGCAGAUUGGAAAUAAAAAAAAAAGAAAUAAAAAAAAAAAAAGAAAGUGUUUUAUGAUGUUUUUGUUUAAUAUUCUGCUCUUUAUAGUCCUCACCAUUGUGUCAGCAUAUAUCUUUCUGCAGACAAGACAAAUAAAACAAAACAUAUGGAACAUCAACCUGCAUAGAAAUUGGCAGCAGCUUUUUCAGCAAAUCCAAGUGUAGCCUACAGCUAAUGCAGAAAGGUUCAUGUAACUGUUAGCCUAAAUUAAUUCACUUGCCAGAGAGGAGCUUCCGAGUAACUUGCUGGCCAAACAGGUAGCUUGUUUAGAUUUGAACUGUAAGAAGAAAGGAACAGAAUUGUUUUAAACAUAAUUCCUAUAAACCACUUUUUUGGGCAUUCCUGCUAAUUGAAUUUUCUUUCAUGGAAGCUCACUUCUAAAUAAAGUUAUUUGCUCAAAUUACUCAAACGGCAUGAUGAGAACAUUUUAUAAAAUCUGCAGCCCACAGAACAAUUGGGUAUGAGUUGACACUCUGGACUACGCGCAGGUACUGCAACAGUAUUACAUCUUUAGAAAGGAUAUUUUAAAAGUACCAGUCCUAACUUAAACCUUUACCAUUGUCUUAGUAUUAUUGAAGGUAAAAUGCCAAAAAGUAUUAAAUGAUAUACUAUUCUGGCUGAUAACUAAAAUUGUGGUUUCCAACAUACACCCAUACAAAAAAUAGUGCUUCAGUGUGCCCCUUGCAAUACAAAACGUUUGUAAUAUCACGUAUAAUAAGCAUUUAAUCAGGGAUGGUACAUAGGGAUAACAUAUUUCAGCUAAUAGUGCUUGCUAAAACUUUAUGGAGUCUGUCACCUGGGUAUCAGCAUGCUCUCAUGGGAAUUUAAAUCUGCUGACUAUAGGUAGGUUUAGGUUGUAAUGGAUGGAGAGUUGUUGUGGUGUCAUCUCAGUCUUGGACCCAGGAACCACAAUAUUUUGAGCUGCCCUUAAUAUUUCUUAAAUGUUCGGGUUUUUUUGUUUUGUUUUUGUUUUUUCAUGACAAGUAAAGCUUCAGAGAAAAAUCUGACUGGAUUCCUUACCAUUGAUAGAUGACCUCAAUGAAAUUUGGGUGGAUCUGAAAGGCUCCUUCAGUUUUUAAUGAUAAAACAGACUGUAAUGUCAAGAACCUUGUGCCUGCAGGGUGUCCUUAACUUUAAGGCCUACAACAGUGUAAUAUCCAUUCAGUCCCUUAAAUUAGUCUUUGCUGUGAAGUUUAUGGAUAUUAUUCAGGGCCUCUGCUAUCUAUAAAUGCAGAUGUCAAAAGAAAAAAACAUAGCAACAUUUAUUGAUAUUUCCCAUAAAGUAUUAAAAUAAAUUUAAUAAAAUACUGAAGUUAUGUAAAUUCUGUUCAAGUUGUUUAAAAAGAUUCUCGGUAAGAUUAUAUCCCAUUUUGUAUUACAUAGUAAACUAUAUUAAAUACAGUUGAAAUAUUAUACAAAAUGCCAUGUAUCUUGGGUACAUGAUGCAGAGAUGAAACGGCUAAUGUACAGGUAUACCUCACUUUACAGCGCUUCACUUUACAGCGAUUCGCUAAUACAGCGCUUUGUGGAGCUGAAGUUCAACCUCCAAGGAUUAUGAAAUAGUGCUGUAAUCAUUGUGAGUUUGCGAGAAAAGUGACUGGCACCAUUUUGUUAUGCGCAGUUCACUCUGUUUACAGCUUUACAGUGCAAUCUGUGUCUCAGUGCUAUAGUUUGGCAAAUUUUACUACAGUAAUUGUCACUAUUUUACAAGUACAGUAUUUAUUGAAUUCUGUGCUGUGCUAGUGUUAAACUAAACGUAGUACUAUUGCACCCCUAAUAUAUGCUAGUUCAAACAUGUUUUCAAGUUUUUAAACACACUGGCAAGUGGAAAGAAAGCUAAAACUGCCUUGUUUCACUUUAAGGUGGUUUUCACUUUACAGCGGGGCUCCGGUCCCUAACCCGCUGUAUGAGUGGGGUAUACCUGUAUGUGCUGCCCACAAAGCUGUGUGGUAAAGGAAGGGCCUACAAGGGAUGAGGGUGUAAUCCAACCUGCAUUUCAAGUUAAGUAGAUGUUCUAUUGUGUUUUGUGAUAAAGCCGCUGACUUCUAGUGUGUUUUGAACAGAGAGUAGUGAGUGUGUUAAAGGGACAGUCUAGUCAGGGCUUUAGUUCAUGAGUGCGAUAUAGAAAACAUUGUGCUCACACCUUUGGCGUUAUCUAGGAGUCAGUAUUGAUUAGCUAAACUGCUUGUCUGUCAAAAGAACUGAAAUAAGGGGGCAGUCUGCAGAGGCUUGGAUACAAGGAAAUCAGAGGUACAAAGUAUAUUUAUAUACUUAAUAUAUUAUUAAAUAUACAAAUAUUAUAUAUUAAUAUACUUAAUAAAUAUUAUUAAAUAUUAAUAUUUAUUGGUUAUGCAAAACUGGGCAAUGGCUAAUAAAGGGAUCAUCUAUCUUUGUAAACAAAAAAAUUCUGGAGUAGACUGUCCCUUUAAACAGUUUGUUUCAACUAUUAUGCUUGUUUAGUACUAGGUGGGCUGGCCUAUGGGUUAGAUUGGUGACUUCUCAUUUGAGUAAAGUGUUAUUGAGCAAUGGGCAAUCUGAUGGAUACAUCUUAUAUUCUGGAAAGCUUUAUGAAGAGGCUUUUCAUCCAUAUUGUUCCUUGUAGAUGGCUGGAAAUGUUAUAUGGUUUAUGUUUAGGACAAGCCAUUUAAUAAAGGAUGUUGCACUGUU